AUAACAAAAGACUAGAGCGGAAACACUUCCGUUUUACUUCCGCAUGUGCGCAUUGGCGGAUUGAGACUAUUAAGUCAUUUGCAGUUUCACACAAUGAAGGUUGUUACCUGGAAUAUAAACGGUAUCAGGACGUUCAGAAGCGGCAUAAAAAGGGCUCUUGACUCACUAGAUGCAGAUAUUAUCUGCGUUCAGGAGACCAAAGUGACAAGAGACCUGCUGGAUGAAAGGACUGCGAUUGUUGACGGUUACAACUCAUAUUUCAGCUACAGUCGAGGACGCAGCGGCUACUCAGGGGUUGCCACUUACUGUAAGGACAGUGCCACUCCAUUUGCUGCUGAGGAGGGUCUCACAGGUCUGCUGACUAACCAUGAAGGGGCUGUUGGAUGCUAUGGUGACCAUGCUGAGUUUUCAAGCGAGGAGCUGCAGCUUUUGGACAAUGAGGGACGAGCUGUUAUCACACAACACAAAGUCAUGUGUCAGGACAAAGAGCAAACUCUUACUGUAAUAAAUGUAUACUGUCCACGGGCUGACCCUGAAAAGCCAGAGCGGAAGCAGUUCAAACUAGAGUUCUACAAGUUGCUUCAGUGUCGGGCUGAAGCUUUACUUAAAGAUGGGAGCCAUGUGAUUGUUUUAGGAGACAUAAAUACAUCUCAUCGGCAAAUAGACCACUGUGACCCCAGUGAUGCUGAUGAUUUCGGUGAAAACCCUGGGAGAAAAUGGCUGAAUAGCUUCUUGCAUAGCCUCGCAGAAGAAGAGGACAGUGAUGAGGAGGAACCUGAUGAAGAAUCUGAGGUAACAGAUCCCGUCAACGGUGGAAAAUUUGUGGACACUUUUCGCUAUUUCCACCCAUCUCGCAACAACGCUUUCACGUGCUGGUCAACUCUGACUGGAGCGCGGCAGACCAACUAUGGCACACGCAUUGACUACAUAUUUGCCAAUUACCAGCUGGCCAAGGAGCAGUUUGUGGCAGCAGACAUCAUGCCAGAAGUGGAGGGGUCGGACCACUGCCCUGUGUGGGGGCAAAUGAGCUGCUCUCUCCUUCCCAGCUCCAAGCCUCCCCCUCUCUGUACUCGCUAUCUGCCAGAGUUUGCUGGAAAACAGCAGAAACUCUCACGCUUCCUCGUCAAAGUGGACCAAAAAUCUAUUGAAUCUGAGCAGAAGAACGAUUUACCUGGAUCUCAAGAAGAGGAGGAAUGGAGGGAGAACUUAAACCCAUUGGGAGCUGGAAACAAUGCCAGUAAAAAGCGAUCAUUAACAACAGACACUGUCGUCCCAAAGGGGAAAAAGACCAAGACUGCCAAUGCUUCUACAAAGCGUCAGGGCAGCCUGCUUUCCUUUUUCAAACCCAAGCUCACAAAUGUCAAGCAGUGUGAAAAAGCAACAAGUGGGGAAGAAGUUACCUCAUCACACAGCGACCAAAUAUCAUCCUCCACUAAACAAGAAUCAUCAGUCUCAGAUACCAUAGCUGCAGACACUGAACGAGUCUUUGACACCGCAGCAGAAACUGACAAAAAGACGAAACAUUUAACCCCUCAGACCACUGUCGGGCACUCACAAGCCAAGAAAGGGGCAACAUUAGGGUUUUGGAAGUCAGUGCUCCAUGGACCACCCCCACCACCCUGCUGUAAAGGCCACGGGGAGCCUUGUGUGCUUCGUACUGUGAAAAAGGAUGGACCAAACAUGGGCAAACAGUUUUUUGUGUGUGCCCGCCCUCAGGGACAUGCCUCCAACCCCGAGGCUCGGUGUAAUUUCUUUGCGUGGGUCGACAAGGGGAAGUGACAUGUUUACUGCACAGACCACAAGUUGUUCUCUCAGUAGAACCUCUAGUUCCAACACGCGUUAUGACAACAUUAUGCAGUCAUCUGUUUUAACUGUUAACUAUUUGCUUUUCAUAGCUUUAUAAUAAAAGACAGCAGUUUUGUAUUAAUUUGAGUCUGAUUUUAUUUGUUCCUGAAGUUGAAACAAUUAGGCAAUAGAUUAGUUUUUCAACAGGAAACUGAUCUGUUUUGAUAAUAGUUUUACCCAGAAGUAAUAUGUAUCUUCAGGUUGCAGCUUCUAUAAUGUAGGAAUUUGCUGUUUUUCUGGGGGGUUUGUAAUCAAAAAAAUGAAUGACCUUCAGUUUUGGGCAGUAAAAAUGUAAUUUUGGGACAAUUAACUCAUUUUCUCAUGUCAAAUUACAGGUUGUAGCAGAUUGUUUAACAUAAAAAAACUAAUUUGUUCUUUUAUAAGAUUUGACUGUAAAAUUACACAAUGUUUUACUGUAUUUAAAUAAUCAAAAAUACUGUUAUUUUACAGAUAUUUGACAUUAUUUGAAAGAGAAAUUAUGUAUAUUUGAGACUGAAAAUAAAUAGUUUUUGAAGAGUUA